AUGAUCAGGCGGGAACAAACUCUGCUUGCUAGCGGGCUUGUGCGCGACGUGUACCUCGUGGAGUACGAAGGGCAGGCACUUGUCGUGAAGACUCUCCGGAACGUGGAUGAACUACGCAAACAGAAAUUGUACCUCACGAUGCACAAACGAGAAGUGCUGACGAUGGAUGCGUUGAAAGGACACCCGAACAUCGUCGAGAUGCUUGGUGUGUGCGGCACUACAGUGGUGACGAAGUUCUUUAAGGAAGACUUCAAGGGAUCAAUCAGGCGACGGGGGGCACCGAUGCCAAUUCGCCAGGUCGUGUCGCUCGCGCUGGGAGCUGCAAAAGGACUGCAGGCUUUGCACGAGAUCGUGGGCGGUAUUCACUUUGAUAUGAAGCCACAGCAACUACUCAUCGACGAUGACGGGACUGCCGUGAUCAACGACUUCAACGCACUCAAGCUCAUGGGUAGAAGCCCCGGUCCUGACGAGGCGUUUUGCGCCGUGCAUGGAGGGACACCAGCCCAGCUAAUAACCUGGCGACCCCCAGAGAACUACGCAGGAAAGCCCCUGACAGAAAAAGCAGACAUCUACAGCAUGGGAAUGAUCUUCUACUCGGUGAUAGCCGGACGAAAUCCGUACGACACACCGGAGGCCUUGCAGACGGCGGUCUCACACGGUUCAAAGCCCGAGGUAGACCCUUCGUGGCACAGAGGGUUUAUGGAGGUUGUCGAACAAAUGUGGCUGGAUGAUCCCGAGCGAAGACCGUCCGCCCGACAGGUUGUCACACGGUUGACGGCGAUACAAGAAGAAGUAGGGAAGUUUGUGGAAGAAGCUCCCGUCGAAUAG